CGCAGUCAGAGAGGAACUGAGCGUCAGUCACGAGCAUGUCUGAGCGCGCGCCACUGCUGCAUUACCGGCUCUCGGCCAGCGUUACCGAGUCCGGGGAACACCGGGAACACCUGGAGAACCGGGAGAACCGGGCCGGGGGAGACCAUGAGGAGGACCAGCCGAGCACUGCGACCGGGCGCCGGAAACCCGCCGCGAAACAGCCGCACAAACUCAACACUUUCUUCGGCGUGGUGAUUCCCACACUACUGUCUAUGUUCAGUGUGGUGCUGUUCCUGAGGAUAGGUUUUGUUGUGGGUCAGUGUGGCCUGUAUCAGACGAUAGCCAUGCUUCUGGUGGCGUAUUUCAUCAUCAGCAUGACGGUUCUGUCAGUGUGUGCGAUCUCAACCAACGGAGCGCUGGACGCCGGAGGAGCGUACUAUAUGAUCAGUCGUGCUCUGGGUCCAGAGUUCGGCGGCAGCAUCGGGAUCAUGUUCUUCUUGGCUAACGUGUGCGGCAGCGCCCUUUAUGUGCUGGGGCUGGUGGAGGCCAUGCUCACGACCUUCGGUGUUCCUGAAGAGGGCUCGUCUCUGGCCGUGUCCCGGUACGCUGUGUUGCCGGGCGGAUACUGGUGGUCUCUUCUAUACGGCACAGUUCUUCUGCUGGUGUGUUUACUGGUGUGUCUCAUCGGAGCUCACAUCUACGCCAAAGCCACCUUCAUCAUCUUCAUCCUCGUCAUGGUGGUUCUGGGCACCAUCUUCGUCAGCUUCUUCGCCGUGCCGUUUCGCACCGUCCAGCUUCCCGGACACACCAACACCUCGGUCGGGCCGACCAGCGCCAACUUCACCGGCUUCAAGCUCGACACGCUCAUGGGAAACGUGCAAGCUGAGUACACGGUGGACUACACGACUGGAGUGAUGAUGUCGUUCGCCACAGUGUUUGCCGUGAUGUUUAACGGAUGCACUGGGAUCAUGGCCGGAUCAAACAUGUCCGGCGAUCUGCAGAACCCGAGUUACUCUAUUCCUCGAGGCACAAUCACAGCCGUCAUCUUCACCUUCAUCAUCUACAACCUGCUGAGUGUGCUGAUCUCCUGCACAUGUGACCGGGUUCUCCUGCAGAAAGAUUACGGUUUCCUCCGAGACAUUAACGUCUGGCACCCCUUCGUGACCAUCGGUGUGUAUUCCUCGACGCUCUCCGCUGCCAUGAGUAAUCUGAUCGGAGCUUCCCGAAUCCUGUACGCUCUGGCGCGGGACGACCUGUUCGGAAAGGCUCUGUCUCCAGCCAAACGCAUAUCCGGCAGUGGGAACCCCUGGGUGUCUGUUCUCUUCUCCUGGUUUAUCGUACAGCUGGUGUUGUUCUCAGGGAAGUUGAACACUAUAGCGAGUAUCGUGAGCAUUUUCUUCCUGCUGGUCUACGCAACUGUGGAUCUGGCCUGUCUGGCGCUGGAAUGGGCGUCCGCCCCAAACUUCAGGUGAUGAUCCCUGUUUUAUUAAU